ACGUUCGUUACCAAUUCUAUAUUCCAAAAGAUGAAGAUUGUAAGUGCAGCAAUUGGUGUGAAAAAAGGAACUGAAACAACCAUUGAUGUGUAUUGCUGUCGCAAUUGUCGUGUUAUUGAAAAUCAAAAUUUCCGCCAUAUUGGCUGCGGUCACCUGUUUUGUUUGGAUUGCAUUAAUGAAUUUGAUAUCAUGAAAAAAGGAUCUAAAAAAUGUAUUCAGUGUCCAACUUGCCGAAGAAAAACGUCUGUUGCGCUUAUUCGUCCAAUUUACUUCCUUUUCUCAUUUUAA